CUCUGGCCAGUAAGCGACCCUGGCUCACCCUGCAUCCGAGUUUCUCUCUCCACCGUGCUGACAGGGACGCGCCCCCACAUCCGGGAUCCUCUCCGGCGACUCGCAUUGUCGUCUCCUGGAACUUCCUAGCACAUUUCAUCCAUUCGGGCUCCACCAUUUUUCCCUUUCCUUUCCAAAUUUUUCUCUCUCUUUUCCUUUUUCAAAGGAGUUCCCGUCGCUGUCCUCGGCGCGACCCGACCGUUUGGAAAAUCAUUUUUUGGUGCUGGGUUUGGGGGGGGUGGUGGUGCGGGAGAUCUUGUUCUCUCCCCUAAUGACAGCCGUGUCGGCGGCGGAAGAUGUCGUCGUCUGAGACCGACGGCGGCGGUGGCGGCGGCGGCGGCGGCGGCUGGAGCUCCGGCCCCCCCUCGCCCGUCUCCAGCUUGACCGAGCUGAAGCUGUACCAGGCCUUCAUCUUCUCCGUCCCCAUCGUCUUCACGUUCGUCCUCCUCUUCUCCUUCUACAUGUUCUACCUCCGCCGCCGGCGGGCCGAUUGGGUCUCCCUCCGCAUGCGCGCUCCUUUGCCCAUCGAUGAUGGGCGCGGCGAUGUCCCCAGAACUGAAGCGGGCCUGACGAAGGAACUGAGAGAGAUGCUUCCCGUCAUUGUGUAUAAAGAGAGCUUCUCGGUCAAUGACUCCCAAUGUUCGGUGUGUCUCGGGGACUACGAGUCCGAGGAUAGGCUUCAACAAGUACCGGCAUGUGGUCAUACUUUUCACAUGGGUUGCAUUGAUCAUUGGCUUGCUACCCACACGACCUGCCCCCUUUGCCGCACCUCUCUCCUUGCUCCUACAAAUAGAUCCAUUGAGGUCCAAGCAGAAGCAGGACGUGGAUCUUCUGUCCAAGAGGUUCUGCAGGCUUCUGAAGAAACAGAAACCAGGCAAUCUCAGCAGGAAAAUGGUUUUCUCAAUGAACAAACAGGCUUUCGAACUGUUGUUCUUGAAACAGAACAGCAUCCUCGAGUGGCUUGAGGAUGGUGGACCAUUCCUAUGGGGUCAGCGCUUCAUCUCCCGCUCAUUUCAUUCAACACUUAAUUUUAUUCAUGAAGCCGAUUCGAAAAAUCAGUUUUUUAGAUGCAUCGGGGCAGAUAUUCACUGUAGAUUAACCGAAAAUCCCUGAUUUGAGCAAUAAAAUAGUGUGCCUUGGUCAAUCUAGAAUAUCUACUGACUAGGGGAGUCAAUUAGAUUGAGUCCUGUCUCUUUGCUUCUGUUCUGUCUCUGAAGUACCUCAUGAAGCAUUUGUAAUGGGCUUGUACCGGGAUUAGAACACUGCACUUGUUGUAUUUCUGAUAAUUUAUGAUACAAAUCCUUUGUUCACCA